AGGGACUGACUGCGGCGCAGCUCCUGGCUGCAGGAUGGCGGGACAGCAGCGCCAGGGAUGCGGCACGAACUGGACAAAAGUUUAAAGAUGCGGCACCAAGCAUGGCACGAAUACAGCCGGAGCCCGGAACACGUCGCCUCCCUCUGCGCCCGUGAUGCGCCAGCCGCCUCCUCCUGGCCGCGAACCUUAACGCGCGCACCGGCCUCUGCGUCAGCCGCUCCUCCUCCUCCUCCUCCUCCAUCUCGGUCGCUCCACCUGCGUGGUCUGUGAGCCAGAAAGCAGCGGAGCAGCAGGGGGGACGAGGGCUGCAGCCUGUCCUCCUCUUAACACUCCGACAGUAGAGGAGACACAACCAGGGGGUUCCCAUCGGCUCAGCUGGCAGGAUGAACUUCAAAAACAUGAGGGAGUGCUUGGCUUGGCUGUACUACCAGUACCUGCUCAUCACCGGCAUCUACGUCCUGGAGCCGUGGGAGAAGUCCAUCUUUAACUCCGUUCUCUUCUCCGCCGUCGCCAUGGUGGUCUACACCUCGUACGUGUUCGUGCCCAUCCACAUGCGCCUGGCCCUGGAGUUCUUCUCUGGGAUCUUGGGCGGCCAGCCGGAAAGCACCAUGGCACUCAUGAACUGACACAAAGGAGGAAAAAAGACAGUAAAAGUAGGAGUGGUUGGUAAAUCAUUUCCGUGGGACUCUGAAACUGGACAGUUCGUCAAGACUGAAAAUAUGAAGAUCUUGCUGGAAUGAUCUGGAAGCCUUACUCACUUCUUUUGGAUGCCGCUCCCUCUGGCCUUACCCAAUGGUAUUACACAGCAGUGCUUUCAUUUCCCACACGUGUGAAACGUCUGGUUUUGCCCUUUUCUCGCCAUAUGCCUUGUGUGAGUGCAUACCACCCCCGGGUUUUGCAUGAUAGGGUGAUAGAUGACAGGUGGAUUUGCAUGCUUGUCUGACAGCAAAAAACUGACCGGUCUCUUUCCUGCGUCUGGCUUCGGGCGACAAACUUCAUGAAGGUAUUCCAGGAGUUCUGAUUUUUAGUUUGACGAGAGCAGGACGUCUUGGCUGAAAGUGUGCUUCAGAACUGAAGCGGCCAAGGUUAAGAAACAGUUUCUUUUUUUCCUCAUUCUAGUCUGGUUGUUUUUUAGAUGUCUUGUCGCCCACACGUGCAAUCUGUGCCACCCUUCACAUGUAAUGGCACCCAACAGGAAGUCGUAUGAAACGCCUUUGAAUAAAUUCAUCUUUUAUUGCAGUAACAUAAUCUCACGCAAAGAAAAAACUUAAACUUCUGAUUUGAGUGCAUUCAAUGGGCGAAGAAAAAAAAAAUCACACUUGGAAAGAAAAAAAGUAUGUGUUUUUUUUUUAAAGAAUCACAGGUGCCACGUUGUUUGCCUUCCUUUAUAAUUCCUGAAAAAAGUGUAAUUUAAGCAUUUUUUUUUUUAAUUUAACCUUCAGUUUUCAGGAUAGUGUUUGGCUCUUUGUCAGAAAUUUGUGCGAAUAUGAUAUCACACCCACAUGGCAUUCCUCAAAAUUGGAAAUACAAGAGAACUUACCAAUUAAGUAAGGCAGAUGUAUUUCAUCUUCACGUAUUAGGAAAUUGCCACAGGAAAAGAGGAACAUUUUGCCCAUGUCUACAGUCAGAGGAACAAAAACAAAGUUAAAACAGCCGAAACUGUGAUGAUUAAAGCUGUUUUGCUUUAAGGAGGGAGGGAAAAAAAAACUCAACUUAAACUCAAGUGCAGCAUUUUCAAAUUGGGAUGAUGUUACUGCAAUAACAGAUUAAUUUAUACUAAAAGUAUUUAUACAUCUUCGCCAGCCGGUGCCAAUAAAUGUGGAGAACGCUGUUAUUAGAACCUAAUUUAACCAAAAUUUGGAGAGGCCCUAAUUGUUUUAUAAAUAUGUAACUAGAAGAUCUGCUGUGAUUUUUGUCCACUUCUAAUGAAACAAGCUGGUAAUUACGCAUAUGUUUGACUGCUCAGUUCGCUGUGCACAUCAGCGUAAACACCUGCAGGUCUGUUACUUAAAGAGUUGUGAGUCCCAUAACAACACAUGGCAACUGUUCCCACCUGCAGCCAAUGAGUGUGUGCGUCUCUGCUGCACGUGUGUUGACACACCACACCUGAAGAUACAUUGCUUUCUGAGGAGAAGAGAAGCUACUACAAAACUUACCGCAGCUGUGUUCGACAUGCACCAAAUAUUAAUAUGUUUUUGGUUACGUCCAAAAGAGAGAGAGAGAGAGAGAGAGAAAAAGAAACCUUUUUUUAGUUUUCUUUAUGCACUGAAAAGCAAAGAAUGCAACACAGAGAUGCAAACGUUGUGUAACUGAUCUCAACAGAGAAAGCUUAAGCUAUGCAAUGGAUUUAUCAAGACUCUGCUCCAGUUUGUCCUGAGCCAAUGUAUCGAUCAAAGGGAGCAAUGAAAAAAUAACAGCGAUGAAAUGUGCCAAGCCCUCCAUUCAUCUCUGUUUUUUUUUUUUUUUUUUAAGAUAUGUUGCCAUGUCUGGGAGGUGUGCUCAGCACUGAGCAGGAACAAACAUUGAUUCAACGCUCUUUUAUGUCCGGGCUUGGCUUUGUUCAUGGCAUAGCUUUGCUUUGCACGUGUUUGCUGACAAAAUGCCACCAGAAAAUUAGUUGAAAGGAAAAAAAAAAAAAAGUCUUCCUCGGCCAUGGAGGCUCUAUAGAGAUUGUACCGCAUUUAGUAGCUGUGAUUAGCGUUGGGCAUACUUUUGAGUUUAAGAUCAUCUUAGAUUAUUUGUGCUUUGGAUCAAGGGCUCAGUGAGGAAAUGUUAAUUUUAUUUAUACGUGUAUUUAUAUUCAUUGGUAAAUGCUUGGCUGGUUACAAUGUACAUUACCAAACUUUAUUGUUCAAUUAUUUAUGUUUGAGUCUCUUGUGGCCAUAAUUAUUGCAUUAUUUGUUGUUUUUUUUUCUCUGCCUUAAAGUGCUUUUGUAUUAUUCCCAGAUUGUAUUAUGGUUCCUUAACUUUUGAUAAACAUUUUCAUUAAUAUGAUACAUUUCCAGCAAGGCCGAAGAUGCCUCUGGGUUUCCUUUUUCACAGUUUACCUAUAUGAAUGUUGUAUUUCUACAUGAUAGUUACACAUCACUGUAGCAUUUGCUAAAUAAAGGCAUUAGAUGAUU